AUGUCAGCUCUUGAGAUUACACCCGCAACGGCGGGCCAUGAGCUUGAUGACACAAAGAAGGCCAAGGUAGAAGACAUCCAAGAUGUCGAGAUCGGAGAUGUUAGAAAGCCAGACCUCUACAGUAAGGUCUCGGUGUAUCUAACCAUGGUCUUCUCAGGUCUUGCCCUGGGAUCAGAUGGCUACAAUGCUGCAGUGGUUGGUAACCUCUAA